GGCUAACUUUCCGCUCCCCAGAGGACCACAGCGGCCAAACUAUCGGUUAACAGUUGGGACUACUUUGCUGCUUUUUUUAACGGGACAAUCUCACGUAGAUAUCGGUUAUGACGCGGCGCUGAGUCCCGCCGGAGCUCGCGCUACCCCCGCGGAGCGAAAUGUUAAAUGGCGAGCAACGGUUUCCGCUCGCGCGGUGUGUGUGUGUGUGUGUGUGUGUGACGGCUAACAGUCGUCCGCGAGCGGGCUAGCUAGCUGUGCGGUUCUUGCGCGCAAAAGAAAAGGCGAUAAUUUAGCGCGCGUGCGUGCUGCCAAAUUCGUUCGUCGGCAGCUGAGGCCCCCGCGUGCCCCCGGAUCACGCCUCGGACAUCGGGGUGAGGAGGAGGAUCACCCGAUGGAGACAUUACAUUAAUACCAAGUGGAUUACUACUCGUGCCUUUCCAAGAAAUAUGUCACACCUCCACCGCUGCAGAGAAUCCAUUGCCUGCUUACGUUUGGAUUUAUCAGGCGUUUUUUAAUGACCAGCAGCCACGACUUGGAUGUGCAAGUCUUAUCAUAUUUUCUUUUUUUUUUCCUCCCCCAAUGUGCUUUCGGGGUGAAACAAUAAUUAUGUGUCAGCACGGGUUGGAUGUGCUCCGGUUCCUAUAAACACUAGCAGGGGAAUUUCGUGCAAAAAAAAGAAAAGAAAAAGGAAGCCCCCCAAAGAAGGAAGUCCAGGACGGGAUAGGUACGCGGACCGGACUCUACCCGCUCCCCCAAAAAGAAACAUGGCCUCGGUGUGGAAGAGACUGCAACGUGUGGGGAAGCAUGCAUCCAAGUUCCAGUUCGUGGCUUCCUAUCAGGAGCUGAUGGUGGAAUGCACCAAGAAAUGGCAACCGGACAAACUGGUGGUGGUUUGGACACGCAGGAGCCGGCGGAAAUCAUCCAAGGCGCACAGCUGGCAGCCCGGCAUCAAGAACCCCUACAGAGGAGUGGUGGUGUGGCCGGUUCCAGAGAACAUCGAGAUCACGGUCACUCUCUUCAAGGACCCGCAUGCAGAGGAGUUUGAAGACAAGGAGUGGACAUUUGUCAUUGAAAAUGAGUCUCCGUCAGGCCGGAGGAAGGCCCUGGCCACCAGCAGCAUCAACAUGAAGCAGUACGCCAGUCCGAUGCCCACGCAGACGGACGUCAAGCUCAAGUUCAAGCCGCUCUCCAAGAAGGUGGUGUCGGCCACGCUGCAGUUCUCCCUCUCCUGCAUCUUCCUCCGUGAGGGAAAGGCCACUGAUGAGGACAUGCAGAGCCUGGCCAGCCUGAUGAGCAUGAAGCAGGCCGACAUCGGCAACCUGGACGACUUCGAGGAGGAGAACGAGGAGGACGAGGAGAACCGGGUUAACCAGGAGGAGAAGGCAGCCAAGAUCACAGAGCUCAUCAACAAGCUGAACUUCCUGGAAGACGAGGACCAGGAAGCGGCUGACGCCAUGUGCACGAACCCCUUCGACGACCCCGACGACCUCCCCCCGACCCCCUUAAACCCGUUUGAGGACCCCGACGAGGAAGAGCCCCCCGCCGAGCCGCCGUCCAGGCAUCGGGUCGACGACGGUUCCUUCCUCGACUCCUCGAACCCGUUCGACGAGCCGGACGAAGCCGAGACGGAAACGCCGCCGGGGAACCCCUUCGACGAGCCGGACCGGGACGCGGACCUGCAGCCGGACCCGGAACCCCCCAAGCCCAGGCAGAGGAAAGGAGUGCGGCCUGUCGACAUGAGCAAGUACUUGUACGCCGACACCUCUCACAACGAGGAGGAGGAGCUUGACGAAUCCAACCCGUUCUACGAGCCACGGACGUCCAGCCCCGCAGGCGGACCCUCCCCGGAUCUGGGCGGCGGCCAGAAGAGGAGGGCCCCCCCGCCCCCGGGGUCCAGCCCCGUCCUCGGCCCCGGUCCUCCGGCGCCCAGGCCGGACCGGGAGAGAGCCCAGCCGGUCGGGUUCGGCCCGGUCGCGGCCGUGAUGGGGAGAGAGCUGGCCUCCUCUUCCCCGAAGCCCAGCCCCGUCCCGAGCCCGGUUCUGGGAGGGAAGCCCAACGCCAGCCAGUCCCUGCUGGUCUGGUGCCGCGAGGUCACCAAGAACUACCGCGGGGUGAAGAUCACCAACUUCACCACCUCCUGGAGGAACGGCCUGGCCUUCUGCGCCCUGCUGCACCACUUCAGACCGGACACAAUAGACUACAAGUCGCUCAACCCUCAGGAUAUUAAAGAAAACAACAAAAAGGCGUACGACGGCUUCGCCAGCCUCGGCAUCUCCCGCCUCCUGGAGCCGUCGGACAUGGUGCUGCUGGCCAUCCCCGACAAGCUGACGGUGAUGACCUACCUGUACCAGAUCCGGGCCCACUUCUCCGGCGAGGAGCUCAACGUGGUCCAGAUCGAGGCCAACAGCAGCCGCAGCACCUACAAGGUGGGCGACUUCGAAACGGACACCAACGCCUCCAUCGGCCAGGACAAGUUCUACGCCGAGCUCAACGACGUGCAGCACCGCCAGGCCAACCCCGAGGCCGACGAGGCCGCCGGAGGGCCCGGCGACUCCAACGGCACCGACGGGGCCGCCGAGGACGAGGCGGCGGAGCCGGGUCGGGAGGCCGAAGCGGUGUCGGUCGAAUCGGCGCCGGCGGGGCCUUCGCAGUCAUCGCCGCCCGUCCCGUCGCCGCGCACGGCGCCACCCGCCACGACGGACUCGACGCGCAAGACGCCGUCGAGCUCCGAGGACCGGGCGCAUCUGCUCAAAGCCAACACUUUAGACCUCAGCGAGCUGCCUCAGAGGGUGGAGAGGGAGAGGCAGCGGAAGGAGGAGGUGGGAGAGGACCGAAGGGAGGGGAGCACAGACCCGGGGUCCCCCACCAGGAGGGGGGCCUCCCCGCCCCACCAGAAACUGGGCUUCUCCUACAACAGGGACGCGGACCUCAUCAAGAAGAAGAGGGCCAGCCUGCGUCACUCGGAGUCCGAGCCCGCCUCCGAAACCAGCUGCCCUCCGGUCCACCACACGGACACGCCCCCCAAACAGGAGCCGACGCCGCCGCCGGUGUCGAGUCCGCCUGCUGAGAAGAAGGUGCUGUCUCGUCAGGAGGAGCUGAAGGAGAGAGCCCGCCUCCUCCUGGAGCAGGCCCGCCGGGACGCCGCCAUGAAGGCCGGCAACAAGAACGCCCCCAACUCAGCCGCCGCGGCGCCGAACAGGGCCACGGGGGUCUGCGAUGAGCGAGACGCCGAGCGGAGGAAGCAGCUGAGGGAGCGAGCCAGGCAGCUGAUCGCCGAGGCUCGGUCCGGAGUCAAGAUGGCCGACAUGAGCACGCUGGACCCGUGCAGCGCCGACCGAGGCAAGGGCAGCAAAGCUGGCCCCGCUGGAGAUGUUUGGAGUGGUCCUCACGAGGAUGGUGGUGAAAGGGGUGAGGACGAGGAAGAGGGCAGGUCUGAGGAUGAGCCGCUCCGUGUCGGUGGUGGUGGUGAUGAUGUGCUGGUUACUAACCCUCUUCCCCCGGAGGCCCCUCUUCCAGCCACCUCCAGCCUCCUCGUACCCCUGGAGCUAACUAACCCCACCUCCGAGCUAACUCCUCUGGGUACAAACAGUAAGCAUGUGGACCUGAAGCUGAAGAAGCUGGUGGAGGUCGGCCCGAGAGGAGUCGCCUCCCCUUCGUCGCCAUCCUCCUCCUCCACCACCACCACCACCACCUCCUCCUCCUCCUCCUCCACACCCACCGCCUCCUCCACCUCCCCAGUGAGCCCUGCAGAAGGACUGGAGAUCAACGCCGAGGACCUGCGAGCCGAGCGGCUGCGGCGAGCGACGGAGAGGUUGCGCAACCCGGUGGUCUUCAACAAGGACUCUGCAGUCAGGAAGACGCAGCUGAAGUCCUUCAGCCAGUAUGUGGAGAGCAGGCCUGAGGUGAAGAGGCAGAAGUCUGUGCCCGAGGACCUGAGGAGGGCCGAGGAGGACCGGGGCUCACCGACGGACCUCGAUGCCCGCAGGCCGUUCGAGGAGGAGAAGGCGUUCAAAGACACCAGUCAGUAUGUGGUCGGGGAGCUGUCUGCGCUGGAGAGCGAGCAGAGGCACAUCGACGCCCGAGCAGCUCGCGUGGAGAAGAGGCUGCGCUAUCUCAUGGACACAGGAAACAACAAGGAGGAGGAGGAGGCCAUGAUGCAGGAGUGGUUCAUGUUGGUCAACAAGAAGAACGCACUCAUCAGACGACAGAACCAGCUCUCUCUGCUGGAGAAAGAGCAUGAUCUGGAGAGACGCUUCGAACUGCUGAACAGAGAGCUGAGAGCCAUGCUGGCCAUCGAGGACUGGCAGAAGACGGAGGCCCAGAAGAGACGGGAGCAGCUGCUGCUGGAUGAGCUGGUCAUACUGGUCAACAAGCGGGACGCGCUGGUCCGGGACCUGGACGCCCAGGAGAAACAGGCCGAGGAGGAGGACGAGCACCUGGAGAGGACGCUGGAGCAGAACAAAGGAAAGAUGGCCAAGAAAGAGGAGAAGUGUGUGCUUCAGUGAAACGCAACAAAAUGUAGCCGAUGAGAGAAAUGUAUCGUUCUUAUGAAACGUUCGGAUCCCGAUCCGGUUGUUUUUGUUUUUCCAUCUAAUUAACCGGCCGACUCUCACCGACCCACUCGUCACGUUUUCUAGUCCUUUUACUUUGGAGCGGUACGUAAUAUAUAAAUAUAAAUAUAAAUACGUGAGGCGAGUGAUGCAUGAAGUGAUGCAGCGUCUCCUGGAGACCAGUCGGUUCGAGGUACAGCACAACUGGGUUUAAUGGGGGGGGGGGGGCUUUUAAAAGGAGGAGAAAAGAGAUUCCUUAUUAUAUCAGUCUUUUCAAGCUACUUUGUUACUUGACUUUUUUUUUUUAGUGAUUUUACGUGUAAAAUAUCUUUCGGGGUGCUUUUCAUAAAUCUUGCAUAAUUCCUAACUUAACUUUUUUUUUUUUUUUUUUUUAUUGUCUCGGCUUGAAAGCAGUUUUACCAAAAGAAAGAAAACAAUUCUCACGUUGUAUAUUUUCAUCACUGCUCUGAUUAAUAUCUUUUAAAAUGCUUCUUUUUUUGUUGUCAGGAUUCAUGCAGUCAAAAACAAAAAUAUAUAUAUAUUAUUAUUUAUUGUCCUUUUUAAGCUGCUUGUAAGUGAACAUCAUGUCUCAUAAUAAUAAUUUUUGCUCCACAACUUUUUUUUUUUUAAUUUAUUGUGAGGAAAUGUGCUUAGAGCUCCACAUCUGGUGCAGUUGUUCCUGUUUAUUUAUUCCAGUGUCAUAACCCACGUCUUCAAUAAUAAAGUCCUUAUGGUUUCAUACUCCA